AUGCGAUUUGUGUCCUGGCGUGUUUUAGGAUUCUUGAACACGUUGGCCGUUUGUGUGUGUCUGUUGUUUGCUUACAUUGCUUGGCCUGGAGGAUUGCAAAGGAGCAAGAUUACCAUUGAUAACAGGAACUUCAGCUCAAGGCAAAUAGACAAGUUCAGCACUGUUCAGUCAGAUCGAUGGAUAGUGGUGACAACCAUCUCCUACCCUACUCCAGACAUCAAGUUCCUGGCAAACAUACCCGGAUGGAAGGUUGUUGUCGUCGGAGACACCAAGACGCCAGCAGACUGGAGGAACCAAAACUGUGUAUUUUUAAGUUUAGAGGAUCAGCGUGGGCUUGGCUUUGACACAGAGUCACUUCUGCCUGAGGAGAGCUAUGCAAGAAAGACGAUGGGAUAUCUGUUUGCAAUAGCUCAUGGCGCAAAGGUAAUUUAUGAAACUGAUGAUGACAAUCGUCCCCUUGAUCUACUGAAAACUUUCAAACUAGAUCCAACAAUGUGGGGAAUCUUGUACAGAGGGGAAAAACUCUUUAAUCCCUACCGCCAUUUUGGACAGCCGACAUUGUGGCCAAGAGGAUAUCCGCUUGGUUCUGUAGGAGAAUCACCAACAACAGAAUAUCUACUAAAUCACUGGAAAACGCCAUCUAUUCAGCAGGGUUUGGUCAACGGAGAUCCAGAUAUGGAUGCCAUUUUCAGACUGACCCGGAAACAAACCCGUUCUCAGCUGAAUGUGACCUUUGAUGGAAGAGCUCCACCAGCAAUUGUUCCAGCUGGCGUUUUUGCUCCCUUUAAUUCCCAGAAUACCCUUUUCUUGUAUGAUGCAUUAUGGGCACUCCUAAUUCCAUCAACCACGACAUUCCGAGUGUGUGAUAUUUGGAGAGGCUACUGGGCUCAGAGACUCUUGUGGGAGAUGGGAGGAAAUGUAGGGUUCUUCCCACCAAAUGCUGUCCAGAGGAGGAACUCUCAUUCCUACCUCAGUGAUGCACAGGAAGAGAAGGAUCUCUAUUUCCAGACAGAACGCCUUGUUGAUUUCCUUACCAAAUGGAAAUGUGGAGCAAAUAGAACAUUUUUUGCUUGUAUGACUAAAUUAUCGACUGAUAUGGUACAUGAGAACUUUUGGAAGGAAAGGGAUGCAAGUCUGACAUCUCUUUGGAUCAAGGACCUUGUGGCACUUGGCUACAAGGAACCAAAAAGAAUUCCGUUUGGUUCUCUAAAAUACGCUGCUCAAUAUAUAACAGUAGAGAAAUUGCAAACACAAACUCGUAUGACGGAUCAACAGAUCAAUGUCAAAUUCUGGGCGGCUGGGCAAACACCACCCCAGAUAUAUUCCCAAGCUACGCAGUCACCUGCGGUUGUGUCGCAUGCUGCUCAAAUAGCUUCCUAUUGCAGCGGUGAAUCGUUUAUAGCAUCUAAACUGACAGAUAUCAUUACAUAUCCAAAUAUUUUGUUAAUUGUAGUGUUCAACUUUCCCCACUAUGAGAAUCUCCAGUUUCUGGAGACAAUGUACAGCAUGCACUUUCCUCACAUCAUUUAUUGUGAAGCCAACAAAGAUCAAUUUGACACUCACGCUAAGCUCCUUCUCAAGCCCUUGACCUUCAUAGAGGUCGACCAUGCCAAUGGUUGGCUUGGUCAGCUCUGUUUGAUAGAAGCCAUGAAAAUGCAGUUCCGUGUUGAUGGAUACUUGUACAUGGGCGAUGAUGUCUUGCUUAAUGUGUGGAACAUUCACAUGUUUCCAUUAAACAAACUCUGGGUUUAUCACGUAAGAGUUGUACGACAGUCUAGGAAGGAACAUGGCAACCGGGUGCACCAUCCCAAAGUAGGAUCACAAGCAUACCAGGCUGCUCUAAAAGCUUUGAAAAUUGUAGAUAUUCACAGAUAUAACAGUUUCACAGAUAUGCUUUCUAACAACUCAAGGGAGAAAGAUGGAUUCUAUAUUGGUUCGUCGGACAUUUGUUAUGUUCCUGAAAAAUACAAAGAUGACUACCUCUACUAUAUGGAACACUUCUCCAGGUUUGACUUAUAUAUUGAGGUGAUAUUUCCAACAGUUCCCCGUGGAAUAGAAAAGUUGGAGAAUCUUUACAUGAUGAAGGGAACCUACUGCGGAUAUGAACCAAUUGCCGACAUACCGAAGCAUUUUAAUGAGCGUAACCUCUUUGUGCACACUGUUAAAAUAUCAAAAUCAGUAUAUGUCCCCGAAGGAAGGACAUUUUUCUGUAAAUAUUUCUUUCCUCUAACUUUGAAAAAUUCGCGGUUUAAAAUGCCCUAACUCGCAUGCUGAAACCUUAAAACCACACCCGCUAACGGACUACUGAUUCCUGAUUGGCUCCAAAUAGAAAGGCGGGGCUUGUGGUGCAUUAUGGCGCUGAACUCUGUCACAAAGGUGCGUUUUUGAUCAAAUAAGCAGAAUGUGAAGGUAUUAUUGUUGUGUUACAACUGCUAGAGGAGUGGCCAGACUCUCUACUGCCGACACACCCCUCUCCAUAGCAAAAGAAAACAAAUUGACGUCACUUAAUGUUUUUGCAUCCAAUGUAAUAGAAUAUGAUGGUUGUGGUCAGAUAUUUUGGUUGCAGAUUCUGGGAUAUUUUGGUCAAAAUGAACACUUCUGUUGUAAAAAAUCAA